AUGUUCAUACCACAUCUGCUCCUAAUACUACUCGGCCUAAUAGUCUUCUCGCCCAUCACACGUUGCGGUGUGCGCGCGGCUAAAUCAACCGGAUCUUGUGAUGAGCCCAAGACUUAUCAGCCGUCGCCAUUCUAG